UCUGCCUCCUCCCGCCUUUCCUCGGUGCCCCGCCGCGGGAGGCAGCAGAGGGGAGGCCCCGCCGCGGGAGGCAGCAUAGGAGAGCCGCGCAUUUCGGGGCUUUGAGGGUCCCGCUUUAGCCGCUGCUCCGGCCCCCCAGCUGCGUUUCCCGCCACAAGCCUCCUCUCGUCUGCAUCGCUCGCAGAGGCAGCGCUCGGCCUACUUGUCUCUCGCCUUGCCCUUUAUGCCGCCGGGGUGCGAGCGCCGUUCGGGGUCCGCGUCGGAGCAUCGCGUUCCCCCUGAUGCCUGAAACUCGGGGAAGUGUCCAUCAAAGCUUGCUUGCUUCAACAGACAAAAAAAUUAAUGGGCAAAAUUACAGUUUUUAGGUGACAAACAGCAUGUUUGGUGCUUCAAGAAAGAAGUUUGUAGAGGGGGUCGACAGUGACUACCACGAUGAAAAUAUGUACUACAGCCAGUCAUCGAUGUUCCCACAUCGAUCAGAAAAAGAUAUGCUGGCAUCACCAUCAACAUCAGGUCAGCUGUCUCAGUUUGGGGCAAGUUUAUAUGGGCAACAAAGUGCACUAGGCCUUCCAAUGAGGGGGAUGAGCAACAAUACCCCUCAGCUAAAUCGCAGCUUAUCACAAGGCACUCAGUUACCAAGCCACGUAACACCAACAACAGGGGUACCAACAAUGUCACUUCACACGCCUCCAUCUCCUAGCAGGGGUAUAUUGCCUAUGAAUCCUAGGAAUAUGAUGAACCACUCCCAGGUUGGCCAGGGCAUUGGAAUUCCAAGCAGGACAAACAGCAUGAGCAGUUCAGGUUUAGGCAGUCCUAAUCGAAGUUCACCCAGCAUAAUUUGUAUGCCAAAGCAACAACCCUCUCGACAACCUUUUACUGUGAACAGCAUGUCUGGAUUUGGAAUGAAUAGGAAUCAGGCAUUUGGAAUGAAUAACUCUUUAUCAAGUAAUAUUUUUAAUGGAACAGAUGGCAGUGAAAAUGUUACAGGACUAGAUCUUUCAGACUUUCCAGCACUAGCCGACAGAAAUAGAAGGGAAGGAAGUGGAAAUCCAACUCCAUUAAUAAACCCUCUAGCUGGAAGGGCACCCUAUGUUGGGAUGGUAACAAAACCAGCAAAUGAGCAAACCCAGGACUUUUCAAUACACAAUGAAGAUUUUCCAGCAUUACCAGGCUCCAACUACAAAGAUCCAACAUCAAGUAAUGAUGACAGUAAACCUAAUUUGAAUACAUCAGGCAAAACAUCUUCUAGUGCAGAUGGUCCAAAAUUUCCUGGAGAUAAAAGUUCAACAACGCAAAACAAUAACCAGCAGAAAAAGGGGAUUCAGGUGUUACCCGAUGGUCGGGUUACCAACAUUCCACAAGGGAUGGUGACAGACCAGUUUGGAAUGAUCGGUUUGUUAACAUUCAUCAGGGCAGCAGAGACAGACCCUGGUAUGGUACAUCUUGCAUUAGGAAGUGACUUGACAACUUUAGGUCUCAACCUCAAUUCUCCUGAAAAUCUUUACCCCAAAUUUGCAUCACCUUGGGCUUCUUCACCCUGUCGACCUCAAGACAUAGACUUCCAUGUUCCUUCUGAAUACUUAACAAAUAUUCACAUUAGGGAUAAGUUGGCUGCAAUAAAGCUUGGUCGCUACGGGGAAGAUCUACUCUUUUAUCUCUAUUAUAUGAAUGGAGGAGAUGUAUUACAACUAUUAGCAGCAGUAGAGCUAUUUAACCGAGACUGGAGAUACCACAAAGAAGAGAGGGUAUGGAUUACCAGAGCACCAGGCAUGGAGCCAACAAUGAAAACCAAUACAUAUGAGAGAGGAACCUAUUAUUUCUUUGACUGUCUUAACUGGAGAAAAGUAGCGAAGGAGUUCCAUCUGGAAUAUGAUAAACUAGAAGAACGGCCUCAUCUGCCAUCCACUUUCAACUACAACCCUGCUCAGCAAGCCUUCUGAAGACUUCCCUCUUGUCUUGGGGUAUGGCUGUCUCAGCACAAUACUCAACAUAACUGCAAAACUGAAGUGGCUCAGGCAUCCCGGUUUUAAUUCCUUUUGAGGAUCUGGCAAUUGGUUCAUGCAAAAGGGUCACCAUUUGAAGUCCUGCCUUACUAAUUAUGUGCUGCCCAACAACUAAAUUUAUAAUUCGUUUUCCUUUAGUUUGAGCAGGGUCGGAUUUUUUUUUUAUAUUAUUUUUAUUUUUUUGCCAGCAGACAAGCUUGGGUCUGUAAAGACAAGCAAGUACACUGACAAAAGUUUACUACUUAGUUUCCAAAAUGUAAAAAAAAGGAAAAAAGAAACAAAAUAGACAAUAAAAUUUGCAUUGUUCAUUGUAGCACUCUUGGUAAUAAAAAAAAAUGUUUGUGCAUUUUUAUGUGAAGAUCCUUCUCGUAUUUCAUUUGGAAAGAUGAGCAAGGUCUGCUUCCUUCAUUUUACUUCCCCUUCAGUUUCUGAAAAGGCAGUUUUCGCCAACUUAAUGCAAGAAUAUCUGUUUAGAAGAAAGAUAUUGCCACAACUUAUGGUUCAUUUCCAAAGUUGUGUGUUAACUGAGCUUCAUCUUUCCAGAAUGAGCAAAACACUGUCCAGUCUUUGUUACGAUUUUGUAAUAAAUGUGUACAUUUUUUUUAAAUUUUUGGACAUCACAUGAAUAAAGGUAUGUAUGUACGAAUGUGUAUAUAUUAUAUAUAUGACAUCUAUUUUGGAAAAUGUUUGCCCUGCUGUACCUCAUUUUUAGGAGGUGUGCAUGGAUGCAAUAUAUGAAAACGGGACAUUCUGGAACUGCUGGUCAGGGGACAUCUAUGCCGCCCUGUGCACUAAAGGGCCAGAUUUCAGCAGCCAAGGACAUCCAUACCCAAGUGAAUGUGAUGGGACUUAACGAAGUGAACUGAGACAAUUCACACUGGCUGUUUGAAAAGCAGCGUUUCAUAGGAAGAGAAAAAAAAAAAAGAUCAAUCUUGUAUUUUCUGACCACAUAAAGGCUUCUUCUCUUUGUAAUAAAGUAGAAAAGCUCU